UGCGACAUCCUGCCCACAAAGAGCGGGUUUCUCGCUGCUGCUGUCGUCACUGUCCUGAUCACAAAGCGCAGCUCGGAUAUCGAACUUGACCCUGACCUGGUGUAAUCCUCAAACUAAUUUCUUUCUUUGGUCGACAAGAUCUCGACCGAUCACUUCAUUCUCUCUUCGUCCUCUCGAGGGCUCAUCCACUUGCGCGACAGCGGUCACAGCGCGCUGUCCAAACCGGGGGAAUUAGUAUACGUUAAUGUUGCGGCGAGAAAGCAUUGUGGGAGGACUCUGUGGAUGUCAAGCUGUCCCCUGGAAGGUAGUGGUAGGCGAAUAAAAUCGCGCGUAGAAGCUCACGCACCACUCCAUUUAUACGGAAUCCCUACCGGACACGGUGCAGAACCGUUGCGCAGUCUUUACGCACAACCAAAGCGCGAACUGAGGUGGGCGUCCGUCUGUCAUAACCAUGUCGGCAGCAACAGCUUCAAUAGCAGAUGUGUCCAGGACUGAUUUUACAAACAAAGAUGACAGCCGUGACCGGAAUAAGUCAGGUCAGAACCAGGCUCAGUGCACACCCAUGCCCCUGCCAGCCCUGGGCACCCAGAGGAUCAUCCAGGGCAAUGGCACGACUGUGGGCUCAGUCAUUUCCCUGCAGUGCCCAGCCAAACACAAACUGGUUGGAAGUGAGCUAAUGUGUGUCUUGGGCGCCAACAGCACCCAGUGGGUGGGGGAGAACUACUGUACACCUCUGUCUCCCUAUGAGGACUAUGGUUUCCGUGUGGCUGUGCUGGCAUCCAUCGUAAGCUUGGCCAUAAUCUUCUUCAUGUCUGUUGCCUUCAUCACCUGCUGUUUCCUCGACUGCAUCAAAGAGGGCCAAAGGAAAGAGCUUGACAGGGAGUCAGAUAUGUGGCAUUGGGAGGAGCAGGCCCAACAUCAGGAGGACAACAGCAGGUCUCACAGCGGCCAUAUAAGCAGGAACAACAACAACAACAAUACCAAGGACAAGGUGCUUUCACUGUGGGACACCGAUUACUCAGCCAUGUGUGACAACAUGCAGGCCUGCAGAUGUCAUCAGCAGUUUGCCUAUAGUGCUGGCCGCACUCCUCUGCUUUCUACUCUCCCCGGCUAUAACCAGCCUCUCGUACUCCAAAAUUUAGAAUCUGCACCGAUCUCUGGUCCACCUGAAUACAACGGACCUCCUUGGUCCUCCAGUCAAACUAUGAACCCAGAUUGCAAGAUCUCAGCAAUGGGGCCUGGUGUGGUGUGGCAGGAUGGAAGACAGCAGAGCACUUUUUCAGGAGUGAACCCAUCAACCAAAGACGAGUCCAACACGAGGAAUAAUAACCCUGCCAAAGACUUUUCCAUUCGGAUUAUAUCAGUGUGAGGACACAUUACAAAGGAGGUGAAAACCAUCAGUCAAGAACUUAUUUACUGGCCAAAUAUGGUGGUCUGAAUGAUGAUCACUAUAGGAAGUAAUAACUGAACAUUCCUUGUCUUGUUGAAAUUAUGAUGUCUGCAGUUCUGCACAGUAUAACGGCUCUGUAGGCUUAAUGAUCUGACAGACAGAUUAUGUGCCUUUUGUAAACUGUAAUGGCACACUGCCCUCUGUCUGAAAAGGGGAGCCAUUGCACUUUCAGGACAUCCGCCUUGUUGGAUGGCACUCCAUGUAAUUAGAAGGUCAUGGGACGUUCAUGCCCUCAAUUGAGCUUUGCAGAAACGAUAUCAAAAUGUUACGUUUUGGUUGAAGUUAAGAAUUAUGUUUGUUUUUUUUUAAUUUGUGUGUUGUUUUUUUUAGUUCACAAUACAUUGUAGACAGCUGGGGAAAUUGUCUGAGAAACUCAUUCGGGCCUGGAAAGUCCAUUUUGUUUAGCAAGGAGAGCAGCUGGAAAGCACAAUAUGCCAGUGUGUACAUUUUUUUUUUUUAAAGAAUGUAAAUAAAUGAAAAACUUCUACUGAUAA